GACGCACGCCGCCCGAAGAAGGCCGCGCUUCUGAGGUGCGCGGUGGGAGUCGGGUCCUUUGGUGGAGGAACGUGAAGCGGGAAUGAGUGAUCCGUGGAGGCAGUAACCGCACGGCCACGGAGACAAACUUCCCAGAAGGUCAAGGCCGGAGCUUGUGCUCUGGCAACAGGGUGGUAUGAGAAAUGAAGCCAACAGGUACAGACCCAAGGAUCUUAUCUCUAGCUGCUGAAGUUGCAAACAGUCCUGAGCAGAAUGUCCCUGUUAUACUGUUGAGGUUAAAAGAAAUAAUGAAUAACACACCUUUAGGAAGCUCAGAGUUGAAGAAAAUCAAACAAGAUAUAUAUUGUUAUGAUCUCAUUCAGUAUUGCCUCUUGGUCCUCAGUCAAGAUUGUUCUCGAAUCCAGGGUGGUUGGACUACUAUUUCCCAGCUUACACAGAUAUUAAGCCAUUGCUGUGUGGGCUUGGAGCCAGGAGAAGAUGCAGAGGAAUUUUACAAUGAAUUACUUCCAUCGGCUGCAGAAAAUUUUCUGAUUUUGGGGAGGCGAUUGCAAACAUGUUUCAUCAACGCAUCUAAGGGUGAAGAAAAAGAUGCAUUACUACACUUUUUCCAAAUUGUGACUGAUUCUCUUUUCUGGCUAUUGGGAGGCCAUGUUCAACUCAUCCAAAAUGUAUUGCAAAGUGAUCAUUUCUUGCACUUACUGCAAACUGACAAUGUUCAAAUAGGAUCUACAGUCAUGACUAUGCUACAGAGCAUACUACAGAUCAAAAGUGGUGAUUUACUCAGAAUAGAAGUGAAAACUCUGCAUUCAAUUUUAGAUGAAGUUGUUUUCAAACUUUUAUCAACAACUAGUCCGGUUAUAAGAAGUACUGCUACAAAGCUCCUACUGUUGAUGGCUGAAUCCCAUCAGGAAAUUUUGAUUUUACUGAGACUAAGUGCCUGCUACAAAGGACUCAGAAGUCUACUAAAUAAACAAGAGCCUGGGACAGAGUUUACUCAAGAACUUAGACAGCUCAUUGCUCUUUUAAGCCCUAACGUCUAUCAGGAAGUAGAAGAGCAGAAACUGCAUCAAGCAGCUUGCUUGAUUCAAGCUUAUUGGAAGGGUUUUCAAACUAGAAAGAGAUUAAAGAAGCUUCCAUCUGCUGUGAUUACUUUGCAGAGGAGUUUCAGAUCUAAACGAACAAAGAUGUUACUGAAGCUAAAUAGGCAGAAGGAAGAAGAAGAUCGCAGAUUACAAGUGCAACUUCAAAGGCAGAGAGCCAUGAGACUUUCCCGAGAAAUACGACUGAGUAUGCUCGAAGUAGUUCAUCCAGGUCAGGUGGAAAAACAUAAUCGGGAAAUAGAAGAGAAAUCAGCAUUGAUUAUCCAGAAACAUUGGAGAGGGUACAGGGAAAGGAAAAAUUUUCGCCAACAGAGGCCAUCUCUUACGGAAUAUAAAGCAGCUGUCACACUUCAGAGAGCAACUCUUAAGUUCCUAGCAAAGUGCCAUAAGAAAAAGAAACUAUUUGCUCCUUGGCAAGGAUUCAGAGAACUCACUGAUGCACGCAGAGUUGAACUGAAGCAGCAAGUGGAUGACUAUGUCAGAAGACAUCCAAGCUCUGAGGUAUCAGAUGUGACCAGCAGGGAGCUCCAUUCCCAGGCACAAGAACAACUGCAACACUACUUCAUGGGUCGGGCUCUGCAAGAGAGAGCCCAACAGCACAGGGAGGCACUGAUGGCUCAGAUCAGCACCAACAUUGAACAGUUGAUGAAAGCACCAAGUCUGAAGGAGGCAGAAGGGAAAGAACCUGAGCUCUUCCUAAGCAGAUCCAGGCCUGUGGCAGCCAAAGCCAAGCAGGCCCACCUCACCACCCUGAAGCAUAUACAAGCACCCUGGUGGAAGAAGCUUGGGGAAGAAGCAGGAGAUGAGAUGGAUGUCCCAAAGGAUGAACUUAGUGUAGAAUUAGGAACUUUAUUCAUUGGUGGAACCAAACCCCCUUAAGGGAGGUGGAAUGAUACACAUCUGUAUUUCAAGAGAUUAGAUUGGUUCUGCCUCUGACAUACUAGUAGACUAGCACUAUCCUAACUUACGGUUUUCCAGAAGUUCCUCUCCAAACAAGACUGGAGGGAGUAAGCAAAAGAGUUAUCUUCUACCUCUAUCUCAGUUCUCUUUUUCUUUGUCCACACUCCCAUUCUUGGGCACACAUACAAAUUGGUGUGGCUUUUGUUGUGAAACUAAACUCAGCAUAGUAUUCUGUUGCUUAUAUGAAAUGUGAUUUCUUUUUUUGUUUCUGCUAUUUUCCAACUAACAGUGUUUUCUAAAUAAAUAUUUUCAAUUAUUGUUAUGAAAGCCUCCCCCACUUUCCCAAACCCUUCUCUUAAAAGCUUUAAGCCACUAGAGCAGGGGCAACAAGCCCUCUUACCUCCAAGGCUCACACCUUCCAUUGCAUGUAAGGAAGGAAUAGAAACAAAACCUGUCUGCUUCUGUGAGUGUGUGGCAGGGGCAGGGGGCAAGGGGAUAGGAAACAUUCUAGUCCCAGACAGAAGUAGAGAUUUUUUUGGUGUUGCUGAGGGAAGGAUAGAAAUAAGAACCUUCUCUCAUGGGAAGGGAGUAGGAAAUGAUCUUGGGCCCAGAAAUCCUACACCAAUACAGAGCAGAUGUCUGCUAAUGCUGCUAAUGAAAGGCAAUGUUCCUGCUAAAGACCAACCACAAAUAUGAGGCAGUUUGGGUGCCAUACGGUAGAAGGGUAGGAACCUUGAAAAAGCCCUACUUCCAACCCCAGGAAGAAGAAACCUGGCCUAAAAUUUAGGCUGGAUCAGGAAAACAGACCACCCAAGACCCAGCAACUAGCCUAGCACCAAGUAAUAAGCAAUAGCAGUUUACCACUGGGGUUGGGGAAGGUGAGUGGCGACCCCCCCCCACACACACUGUGGCAAAGGCAUACAGGGAUGGCUAAAAGUGGAGGUGGAGCAGAAACACAGAAAAUCUUCAAGCUUUCCAGACCCCUAUAAGCAUAAAGUAACAGCAGCUGAAAAAUAAAGAACUUGAAGCCUA